UCGUUCGCAUAACUAGUGGAAAUCUGACAAGCGUGGCGGUCAUUACACAAGGUCGCAGCUUGGCCAAUCACAGCACAGACUUCUGGGCAACGCAUCUGGCGCACAGCGCAACAGACAUAUCAUUUCGAUUUGUUUCCACGCGCAACCCCGCAAAACAUUGAAACACAUCAAUUUCCCCCAAGACUGAUAGACGCUUCUUGUCUGUCGCCUGUCCGAAGAAAAACAACACCAUCGCCGACCGACACACACGAACAGUCGAAUUGCCUGGGAAACACGCAACAACCAUAUCCAACAUGGCGACACAGACACUGCACGGCUCCUGUGCAUGCGGACGGAACCGCUAUGUAAUUGAGAUACCAGCACAGCAAGUGCGCCAAGCCGAGCUGAGAUACGACAAUACUCCAGCAUCGCGAUACCAUGCUGCCAACCCUCUUACUCUCUGGCUGCGCGUGCCUUUGCCAUGGUACACAUCGGCUACAUUCGCCCAAUUCCCCGACGAGACACGACUGAGUAUCAAGCGCAACUUCGAAUCUCCCUUUGCAUCCCACACCCGCCGCCAGUUCUGCGGAUACUGCGGCACCCAGCUGUCAUCGUGGAAUGAGCGCACACGCGAUGAGGCCGAACACAUCUCCCUGACAGUCGGCAGCCUGUUGGACGAGGACCAGGAACUGCUGGGCGACCUCGGCUUCAUCCCCAGCAGUGACAGUAGCGACGACGAGGGCAUGUCAUCCGCUGCCCCCUCCCGUCCAACCUCUUCGCGCACCGUCGUCCGCUCGGAUCCCCAGUCUCGCGGCGCUCCCUGGUUCGAGGAGAUUGUACGCAACACUCGCCUUGGACGCUUCAAGCAGCAGCGCGGUGCACACACGGACAGCGGCGUCCACGUCGAAUGGGAAGUCACGGAAUGGACUGAAGGCGAUGGCCUCGAUCUCGACGACGAGGGUAGCGCCACGCCCAGCAAGCGCAAGAUUGGCGACAUCGAUGACGCUGAAGACAUGGAGAUGCGCACCGCGUAAAAUCUCGCCUUCUUUCAUUUUCACCUACGGUAUGACUUUGACUUGACAUUCACAACGACAAUAGAUUUGGCGCCGCUCACGCCUCACGGGACGAGACAAUUAGUAAUCAUCGGUCCUCUGGCAGGGCGACAUGGGCUUGGAGUUUGCAGGUGCGUUCUUUUGUGUAUACCAUUAUGUGAAUACAGUAUGGCGCAUGUCACUCUGCCCUGUUUGUAACAUGACCAUUUCCUUCUCAGAUGCAUGAAUCUAUUCACUUUCCUUCAUUCCAAUUCUUG